ACCCGUAGCGCGCGAGCAGUCAGCCAGACGCGGACCAGACGCUCUGGUAGUCUGGUCAGCACUGCACUCUGCAGACUGCAGGCAGGCAGGUAAGCAAACCAAGCCUGCUGUCCCGAGAUGGCGGCGACCCUUCCAUCCCCGUCCACCGUCUCCGUCCCCUGCGCCCUCCGCGCUCCUGUCCUCUUCUUGCGGCCGAUCUCUCGGAACCCAUUGCUCUCGCUCUCCUAUAACAGAGCAUGCUGCGGCGGGGUCCGAUGCUCCGCCGUAAACAAGCCCUCUCCUUCUCCAUCCACUCCGGACAGCGAGGUAAGCUCCAUGGCGAAGAUAAGGAGUGAGGUCCUGUCCCCGUUCCGGUCGGUGCGGAUGUUCUUCUACCUCGCGUUCAUGGCCAGCGGCGCGCUCGGGGGCCUCAUCGCGCUCACGCAACUCCUACCCGCGCUGGCGAACCCCGCGAGGGCCGUCGGCGCCGCCGAGACCCUCAAGGGCCUGGGCAUCGACGUCGGCGCGGUCUCGCUCUUCGCGUUCCUCUACUCGCGCGAGAGCAAGGCCAAGGACGCCCAGGUGGCCAGGCUCGCGCGGGAGGAGCGCCUGUCCAGGCUCAAGCUCCGCGUCGGCGCUGGGGACGGGGAGAGCGGCGGCGGCAGGCCGUUCCAGCUCAGCGAGCUUAGGGGCACCGCGCGGCUCGUCAUCGUCGCCGGCCCUGCCGAGUUCGUCGCCGAGUCGUUCCGCAGGAGCCAGCCGUUCCUGAGGGAGCUCGCGGAGAGGGCCGUGCUGGCGGUGCCCUUCGCCACGGACGGGAACACGCUGGAGCUCCGUUUCGACGAGGGUGAGCGGGAGGAGAAGGACGGCGACGACAAAGACGACAUCGUUGCCAAGAAGAGCAGGAGGCUCUGGCAGCUCACGCCGGUGUACACAGCUGAAUGGGCACAGUGGUUAGACGAUCAGAAGAAGCUGGCCGGCGUGCCACCUGAUUCCCCCGUGUACCUCUCGCUCCGGAUGGACGGGCGAGUCCGCGGCAGCGGCGUCGGCUACCCGCCGUGGCAAGCCUUCGUGGCGCAGCUACCGCCGGUGAAAGGCAUGUGGUCAGGCCUUUUUGACGGGAUGGACGGCAGGGUGCUAUAGGCAAACGGGUGGCCAGAUUUGAGGAGCACGGCCGCUUCGCUGCGACAAGUUUAGCUAGCUCUGCAGAUGAAAGGGCAAUUAUCCAUCACUUUUUUCGCUUGACCAGUGUUUAUAAGGAUGUUUACUUGUUCAUAAGGAUUGAGAUGUGAGACGAUAUUAGUAGCAUGGGUGACGGUGUGAAAAUACAAACAGACAUCGGGUGCGUACUGUUCGUUAUAUACUGGACCCACAAGCGUUGGGGUAAAUCAGAAAUGGCAUAACCAUUUGGAUUCA